CAAAUCAUCAUUUGACAUGUUUCUUGUGUCACUCUGUCCUUGACACCACCUCAACAGCCCUUCACUGGCUUUCUCGUCGUCAUUCGUUUCGUUAUCACAACGCAUUCGUCUCCCGCCCAGCUUCCUGCCCCGCCCACUGGUCGUCGUAAGGAUCAGCACCAUCGUCACUCUGAGAAAGCAGGAAACCCCUUUUGGUUCCCUCCCACGCCGUGUUGCGUGCUGACGGGUGCCUUUUUCCUCAAUACUUUCGACAAUUCCCACGCUCUUGACGAGAGGGGGGCAACUUGAUCAUCCAUCUUUCAACAUGGGGGAACCUCACGAGACAAAGCGGCGAUUCGCCCCUGUGCCCAUCGAGACCACAUUCCAAUCGAACCGCGCGACACAACGAGUUGGCCCUACCGCAGAGCUCACUCCUGAGGCCUCGCCCGUCUCGGCUACCCCUCCCACCCGCGAGUUUGGUGGCGAGCGUCGUCGGUUCGCUCCCCAGCUUAUCGAAACAUCACGUCGAGCGUAUCGUGUCGGUGACGCGGGACCAGCGACCAAGCCUACCGACAAGACCGACAUUACACCUUAUACCAAGAAUAUCUAUAAUGCGACAAAGCCCAGGGGCCGGAGGAGGCUCGACUCGAUCAACAGCGAUGGCCCGUCCCUGUGGACCAUGCCUCCCACACGGCGCGAGACAGAAGACCCCGCCGUUAAGAACUAUCUCCUCGAGCUCGCGGCCAAGGAAGCAGAUCGGCAAAUUCAGGAGGCUGCGUUGGCAGCCUUUCCCAACAGCCGUGCACGUGAAGGUGGCGUGGCUCAUUUCUACUAUCGCGAGAGCUCUGGCAGCGAUGAAUCGCCAGAGGAAGCAGGCCUGCCAGCCUCGGAGCCAGCCAGGGACCACCCAAGCCGGUCGCGACGCAAGUCGUCAAAUCUCGGGAUGACCUGGUGGCAUAAGCACAUGCAGGAUCAUUACAAACAAAAGGGGCUGGACCGUGGUGACGAGGAAGCUGUAGUAGACACAGACGACAAGGAUGUCAGAAUGGUGUCCGAUGCUGAGCUCGACAACAUGGAGUUCACCAUGCCGCCCGAUGCAUUGUGGACGACGAGUGGCAAGGCAUCACCGGUGACUAGGAGGGAUUCGGGCGAGGUUGCGGCGGCUCGUGCCGCCGCCGACGCGGCUCUGGGUGCGAGGAAUGAAGAUGCCGUGAUGAGAGAUGCGCCCCCACCGGUGAUCACCAAAGCUCCGGAGCUGCCGUAUCCCAAGUCGGCCUUUAAUAAACCCGCAGCACAACCUGCGCAGAGUGUUGGACGACCGUUUGGACAAUUUGCAUACAAGCCUGAUGCGUCGCAGCUCGCCAAAGCUAGCCAGCUCCAGUCGCCACCCAUGCUGGGCAAGGACAUUCGGUUCAGGAGGUGCCCGUCACCAAAGCUCACCAAAUUGGAGCCCAAUCAUCCUUUCUUUCAUGAUCCCGAUGAGUCGGGGAACCGAGAUACGUCUGGAAAGGGCGGUCUAUGGAACGGCUACUGCUUCAAUUCUGGACGUGAUGCGCCGAGGCCGGCACACCAAACUGGCCCGCGCAUGCUCGCGACUCCGGCCGUUCCGGGCUCGCCGGCUGAGCCUGCCGACGCCGACUCAAGGUCAAUUAGCGAAGAGCCCGCAUCCCUAUUUUCGACUGCUGGUUCUUCCAUUGACACGGCGAGCUCUGCUGAGUAUCGACUCAAAAAUGGUCAAGUCCAGGGUCUGCAUAGCGUCGACGAGCGACUGCGCCUGGAGAAGGCCGAGGCCGAGCGCAAUGAGAAGAUUGCGCAAGAGUUCAACGACGAGUUCAUAACGCAAGUAUUCAACUAUCUCUCGCUCGGGUACCCAGCAACAGCCUGUGUCUUUGACGAAGAGCUUGCCAAGGUCAGCCACACCUCGAUAGACGAACUGCGCUCUCAGGACGAGCAGCAGAACGCCAAGGGUCACAUGUUAGAGCUCCAAAUCGGCGAUACAAAGGAGGAGGAUAGAUGCCCGAGGUGGCGGGCUCUGAAGACGUAUAUUCUCGAGUGGGCAAGGCAGCACCCCAACCUGGACAACCUCGACCCCCUGGCGUGGGGUGUCCGUGAGAGAAGGGGCAGUUGGGCCUUCUGAGCUAUAUCGUACACUCAUGCUUACACCAUUGCAUUUCAGCCGGCGAGAUUUCGACCUUGUUUGCGUCCUGUUUUCUAUUUCAUGGUUGGCGUUCACCUGCACGGCGCAUUGUUGCUUGGCCCAAGGCCUCACAUUUGAAGAGGUGGGACGGGAGAGACUUGGCAUCAGCGAGGAUCUCUCGCGGGAAGGAAAAAGACAG